CACAGAGUACCUCUGGGAAUCAAGGCGAGCUGGCAUGUACCCUCUGUACCUUCCCGCGGGGCUGCUGUGGUUUUCGGGCUCUCGCAUGUGCUUUAAUCGGUUCUUCUGUGUAACUCUGCUCUCUGUGCAGCCGUCCCUGACAGCUCCUUGUCCCUCUCCUAACCCACCAUUCGUGGUCACAGAGCCCCAGAAACAGGAGCUGUUAAGACUUUGGCCAACAGAGUUCUAAGGACCAACUCUGGGCAGAGGACAGCUCCGUCCUCCUUACCAAGGGCUUUUCCAACAGGGGCGUCGCAUUUUGACUCUGGGAAGUGAGCUACUUUGCCUCAAGAACAAGUUCUCAUGGAGCCAGAAGCCUUAGAAAUCUGCCCUUACAACCCUCACCACCGAGUCCCACUCAGUCGAUUUCAGUACCACCUGGCAUCCUGCAGGAGAAAGAACCCCAAGAAAGCCAAAAAGAUGGCCAGCUGCAAAUACAACGCCUGCCACGUGGUCCCCAUCAAAGAGCUGGAGGAGCAUGAAGCUGCCUGUAUCAACAGAAGCACAGUAGAGGAAGAUGACAGCCUGCACCCCCUGAAAAUUAGCAUUCCAAGUUCAGAGCAGAGUGGAAAUCUCCCUCCAGAGCCCUCUUGCUUCCCCAGUUCUGACGUCUGGAAUGUCGACAGCACUAACUGCUCUCCCAUGUUUGUCCUUAAAACCUUUGUUCCCCAAAAGCUUGUAUGUGAAAGCGACAUAAGAGAGUCAGAGAAAGAGAGGUCCAUCCCCCAUGCCUGACCCCCCCCCCCCCCAGAAGACUCUCAGACCGGGAGGGCAAACCACCAGCAGCAGAGAGGAGCACUUGCCUCUUAAAUGCUGGAAAGGAGAUGCAACUCACCAGAAUAAAAGUGUGCAAAGUGAG